AUGGUAAAAUCUCAAGGUUUUUUGGCGUUUAUCAUUCUGGUACUUUCCGUCUCAUCCAUUUCCGGGCAAGUUUGGUAUAAUUGCAUCCUUCCCAACCAGUAUGCACUAACGUUUGACGAUGGCCCACACCCAUCUCAAACUGCACAAGUUUUGGAUCUCCUUUUAUCCUACAAUGUCACCGCUACCUUUUUCUUCAUUGGCGUUGGAGCUUGGGAAGCAGAUUACGAAAGAUAUCAACAAUCUGGUCAUCAAAUUGGGAAUCACGGCUGGUCCCAUCUCGACAUGAGGGACAUUACGGAGGCCGAAAUCCGCUCCGAACUUUCUGGAGUGGAGACCUUGAUUUACGGAACGAUCGGCGUCCGUCCCACCAUCUUCCGACCACCAUUCGGUGGAUAUAACGACAGAUUGAUUCGCAUCGCGAAGGAUGAAUUUAACUAUGAACUCAUCAUGUGGAAUAUCGACACGGGGGACUGGGCACACCCUGGCGACACCGAGGCCGGGAUGGAAGAAUAUUAUGCUGCCGUCAACUCGAGUCUGCACCAAAAUUAUAUCGCACUUCAUCACGACGUUCAAGGGGGGGCCGUGAAUUUGGCUGCAGCUGCAAUUGAAUUCAUGGUCGGGCAAGGGUUCGACUUGGUAACGGUGUCAGAAUGUAUUGGGGUUCCGAUGUAUCAAUAA